AUUGACAAGGAAGUAAAAUGCACAUCCAGGGUUUUGAGUGUUCUGUUGUUUUGCAUGUCAGAUAUCAAGCCAUGGUUUGAUGCAACACUGAAACAAUCAAGAGCCAUGAUUUUACAGUACAUGAUUGUUGUGUGUGGUUUGUUACCCUGGAUAGCCACUGGUCAAGCUGAGUCUCCGCAGCUCGUGGUCCUGCUGACCGAUCUGGGUAAGACGGGAGAACUUGGGUUUCUUCACAAGAUCAACCUGCAUGAUUGGGACACUGGCGCCCUCAACAUCGCAAACAUGCUGCGGCCCACGGCUAUAGAUGUCGACAGGACACGCCAUCACGUCUACUGGACUGAUGUCAGAACCUAUCAAAUACGACGAGCAGACUUAGACGGAGGAAAUAAUCAGCUGAUGGCCUCGUUAAACACAUCAGCAUCGAACCCAGAGGGGAUAACACUGGACAGCCAGACCCGGCAGGUGUUCUACACGGACGCUGGAGCCGACAUCGUCGCCCGCAUCGAGAUGGACAGUUUACAGUCGACCGUCAUCGUAAGCACCGGCCUCGAUAAACCAAUGGGGAUUGUUGCCGACACGAACUACAAGAAGCUCUACUGGGUGAACAGAGGAAACUCGCCAAAGAUCGAGACAUCUGAUUACAAUGGAGCCGCAAGGGCAACUUUGGUUUCGUCUGGACUUGCACAACCCAACGGUAUCACCAUUGACCAAAAGGGUGGCCGCCUGUUCUGGACAGACUCAGCCGGUUACAUCGAGUCCAUGUUUACGAAUGGCACGCAGAGGAAGAGACUCAGAAGCGAAUCAGGACGACUGUUCUUCUAUAUUUCCCAUUUCAAUGGCUUCCUAUAUUACACCGUGAGGAAGGAAAGGUCAUUCUUCCAGCUACACGAAGAUGGGUUGUAUAUGAACAUCAAGCUCACAGCGUCAGGAGUCUACCUACCGCUAGGUAUCCACGUGUAUUCCCCGAACGUGAAUGCAACAGAACUAGCAACUUGUCCGGAUGGUCGGUAUGGACCAGCAUGCACGGAGUGUGGACAAUGUUCAAAGGGGGAGAUCUGUGAGAAGACCAUUGGCCAGUGUUUUGUAGGCUGUGCGGCUGGUUAUAAGCCACGAACGUGUUCACAAGAGUGCGACCCUGGCUUCUUUGGUGAAAACUGCAAAUCACCUUGUUCCAAGUGCCGGACCGGAACUUCGUGUGACCACGUGACUGGCAAGUGCCCGGAUGGAUGUCAGACCGGAUGGGAAGGAGACUUAUGUAAUGUUGAAUCAGAAUCUGGACAUGAAGGGGGCCUUUCAAUGGGUACAUCAUUUCUUACAACGGGCCUAAUCAUCGGAAUCGCUGCUGGAGGAGCUCUGGUCGUGGUCAUCGUGGUCGUAGUCGUUGCUGUGUGUGUUGUCAAGAAACGCCGAAGGCCUAAGGUUAAAGAAGAAGGAGAAGUGUACACAGAUAUCGGUCCACUGGACAAAACGUUGGAUGAGAACGCGUAUACUCCUCUAGGGGCUAGUAGGCCCACCAACCCUUAUGCUGAGAUAUACACUGUACCCGAGCAGUGUGCCCAGUACACUAAUCCUUCCUGGUAACAUUAUUAGCGAUGCUUUCUCUGGAGUAACAGUUUAUUGUUGCCUGUAAAUAGUUACCCUUGGUGCGAAUAUUUGUUAAAGAGGGGCUUUUUUUUUAGAAUCAACCAAUUAGUCGUCCUGGCAAGACUGGCUGUAGGUCACAAAAUAAAAGCAAUAAACAUGAUUCAAUCGAGGCCAUGCCCAUCAAAAGAAAAGAUGAAAGCUUAAAGCUUUAUUGAUCUCUGUCACCUCUGUAUUUAGGGGUAUUUGAAUAUUCACACAUGCACUCUCCUCUCUCCUAACAAUCAUCCACGGACCAUUUCAUCUGCACAGAAUCUUCAGUUGUAGAAGACAUUGAGCAGUAACCUUAGUACAAGCAGGAUACAGAACGACAACCUCCGCUUUGUUAUAAAAUAUAUUUGUUCAUACCACAUAGAUACUGCAGAUAUAAUUUGUAUAGUUUCAUGAAAUAGUGGCGGAGUCAGUCUAUAUGGCAACUAUUGCUGACAAAAUGGAACAAACUAGAUGAGACUAAUGGUGAUAUCCUGUUGGAACCAGGCACUGGGUGUGUACCAUGUUUACAUUUUCUCAUGUUUAGUUAUUAGUUCUCCUGAGUCAAGUGAGCUUGUGGCUAUUACUCUGUCAGUUUUGUUCAUUUAUACUGAUCUUUCAAUGCGACUACUGGUGCUUGGCAAAACCAGAUCAGAUCGUUUUGGUGACAGACCAGUUGCUAUUCUGUAAGCAUGAAGUGAGCUAGAGAGGACGGUUUAGUCUAUCACCCCGUCCCUUAUAAGCAUGAACACAUCACAUGUAAUGUUACUUCAAAUAAGCAGAACAGAGUGUCACCAAUAUUAAGGAUCACAUGACGAUGAGAAUGUAUCAGAACAACACUACAUAUUUGUCAUGAUUUUUUAUAUUGCAUAAAUAUCCUGUUAAUAAAUAAUAAAUACUGA